CUGAUAUAGACAUUCGGGUAUAUCAAUAGAAGAUAUUUUCAUACAGUUACGAUUCAUGAGCCCAUAGAAGUUAGCGGGAACAUCUUAUAAGCCAAAGGGUGAACCAUGGCCAGCAACAAUCAACAACCGUCAAUAGUUAUAGAACAAAUAGGGCGUGGACCUUAUGCCCCUAGUCUUACACCAUUCGCUAUUAAACUGGAGACCUAUAUGAGAAUGGCCAAACUUCAAUACACGAAUUCGCAUCGUAGAAAGAGGUCAAAAAAGGGCAAAGUUCCAUUCAUAGAAUUUGACGGACAAGAAGUCAACGAUUCUAGUUUAAUUAUAGAAUUCCUGAAUGAAAAACUCAACAUAGAUCUGAACAGUCAUCUGACUCCUUCAGAACGAGGCAUAGCUAGGGCCUUUCAGAAAAUGGCGGAGGAAAAUCUUUACUGGUGCUUAGUUUUACACAGAUGGAUAUACGACAAUAGAGACUGGAUAAUGAAACUAGUAGGUGUACCAAAGAUUAUGGCCUGGAUACCGGUUAGACUGGUGAAAAAACAAGCCGAGGGACAAGGUAUCGGUCGCCAUAGUUACGAAGAAAUGGUACGAAUUGAAGAAGGCGAUUUGAGGGCCAUGUCGGAAUUCUUAGAUACCAAGCCAUUUUUCUUUGGUGAUAAACCAUGUGAGACAGACUGUGCUUUAUUUGGACAGUUAAGUCAGCUGAGAUGGCAGUUACCUAAUACGAAGGGCGAAUAUUUUGUGAAUGAAAAGUACACCAAUCUUCGAGAUUAUUGUGAUCGAAUGAAAACGACAUUUUGGCCUGAUUGGGAUGAUUGCAUUACACACGGAGGAAAAGUCAAGAAACCAAAAUCAUAACUACCAGGAAUGGUGCCAUUAAAAUCAUGUUUGGUGGGGUCAAUGUAUAUUGUGUACUAUGGUCUUUUUGUAAUUUGGGGAAUACAAACUAAAGGGGCAUUAUGUUAGAUUAGAUAGAGAGCUGAUAGUUAGAAAUUAGAUAAUGUAAAAAAAGGGAAUAUGCUGAAAAUUUCAGUCAAAUUACACCACACUGAGAAAUCUUCAUUUCAAUAAGACUGUAGCCCCGAUUGUCAUUUUUAUCGAUGUUAGGAUAAUAAACAAAGUUUCGAUUAUCCAUUUUUACGAUUAAUCGUCAACCGCCGUUGAACCACAGAUCGGAUUCAAAUUUGUUGAAAAUCGGAUCCAUUAGAUGGCAUUGAGAGUUGAUUAUGGUCUUUUCUCGUUAAUAAAUUAUGUCUAAUUAAUAGUUUAUAUAACAUUUCAGGCAGAUAUAGCUUUUGUAUAAAACGUGUUUAAUUAUUUUGUGUGUUGAUUU